AUGUGGACCUACGACCAACUGCCGUCGCUCAACGGCAAAAAUAUAAUCAUUACUGGUGCUUCUGCUGGCCUGGGCCUCGCCUCUGCUAUCGAGCUAGCCAAGAAGGGUGCAACUAUCUUCCUCUGUGUUCGCUCGCAAGCACGUGGAGACGAAGCUUUACAACAGAUUCGGGCUGCAACGGAUAAGGGAGUUCUGGAGCUGGCGAUUUUUGAUCAAACCGACUUGAAGAGUAUUGAAACUUUUGCAAUCAGCUUCAAAGCUCGAGGUAUCCCUCUCAACGUGCUGCUCUGUAAUGCGGGGGUUGGCUUGGUGCCAUUCGAGCUGAUUGAUGGUGUAGAACGUCACUUACUUAUCAACCACAUCAGCCAUAUGUAUCUGGUCUACUUGCUCGCCCCGCUUUUAAAAUCCACUCCCAAGAGCCGUCUCGUCAUGGUAUCAGCAAGGGCAAUCGACGUGCUCAGGAAGGUCCCAGUCUGGGAAACAGACAACUUGGAGGCUAGCAAAUACUCGCCGAUUUUUGCUUAUGCAAACUCUAAGCUGGCCAACAUCGCCUUUGCCAAUGCGAUGCAGGAGAAACUGGGUGCAGGAGUGUAUGUCAACUCUAUCGACCCAGGUCCGGUUGUCACUAAUAUCGUGACCGGGGUCUCAAAGGGAUGGCUCAGCGUUGCCGCUCAUAUAGCCACAGCCCUCUUUGCAGUAAAUGCUCGAGAAGGUGCCGUCAAUCAGGUCUACUGCUCAGCUGCUACGGAAAUCGAGAGUCUGAAUGUGCAUGCCACGUAUUUUACCGGCCGACUUAAAGCUAAGGCAGUCAAGCUGGCCAAUGAUCCUAAACUAGUAAUAUCACUGUUCAACUACUCUGAGGCCGUUAUUAAACGAGUUACUGGCGCGGAGCUACCAACAUUUUAG